AUGCUUCCUACCCAAGGCCAGGCUUCGCUGUCUGACGCCCUCCCUCGUACUUCCGUUGCGAUUGAAAAAGAAUACACACUCUUUUCUUCUAUGCGACGCCGUGCAAACACCAACCAGUCUAGCGAAUCAGCUCGACCUAACUUCAAGUUCGCACCAGCACCCAUAUACUCUCAUGUGUCUACAUAUCGUUCCACCAAACUUGAACUCCAGUUAUACAGUCCUUCGUUGAAAGUUCAUGAAGACGAACGAGGUCCCGUCGCCGUAUUUAGUGACCAUGACCAAGUGACUGGCAAGGUCAGCCUUGACUCAAGUUGUCAUCAUACAGGAAAAUUAGCUAUCUCGAUUCAAGGUUCAUUCUCGUAUCUCCCGACCAAGAAUAUGGACGAACCUGCAAUGGUUGUUGAGGCUCAACAAUAUACCUUUUUUUCCUCAAUGACUACCAUUUCAAUAUCAAAUGGCGAGACUAGUACCGCGAGGUCAGCAUUCCGAGAUGCAUUCGUCAGGCGUCGGCCCAGCAUUACGAACAUCAACAUUUCAACUUGCAGCACUGAGCGGGUCCAUCCAUUUUCUUUUUCUCUCCCUGAAAGCAUUCGCCUGGGUGAAGAAAUGCCCGCGACCUUCAGUUCGGCCAAAGACCCGACUUCGCCGGAUUAUUUUGAAGUUACAUACAAAGUAAUAGCUGACUGGGAGCCCAACGAUCCAACAGAAAUACCAUCGCACCUCGAGGUACCGUUUUUGAUUCAGCCCGAUGCCGACUUUCAAUGCGCCGAUGCAUCGGUUGCUACGCCGGAGUCAUGGCUGGAGAUGCCUCUCAAGUCUGACAGACCGAUCCCGGUACGCUGUGCUAUCACACUUCCCACCGAGUUGACAUUUUCCCGGUCAUCGUCCAUCCCUUACUUUGUAGUUUUCACUACGACACCACGUUCGAGUGAAUUGGCUAAAGAAACCGCAGCGGAUGCAACUAUCGCAGUCUCUUUGAUCCGUCAGACAAUCAUCACGGACAAAACAACCUUACCCCCGACGCCACCUGCCACCCCUUCCAGCGAUGAAGGAGAAAGCUCCUUCCGUCCAAAGAUCUUACGGAGAGUUGCUAAGUCUCAGCCACGACUGAGGUCCCGUCGUCCCUCCGAUCCCGCACCUAGCGUUAUCUCAAGUCCCACACAAGAAAAGCCUUUGCCGCAGAUACCCGUGAACCCGCUAAUAUUUUCCGAUACACGAACCAUUCAGACCGAGUUUUGUAUUGGCUUCCCAAAACGGCCUCGACAGCUCUUUGACAAAGAGAACCAUCCGUCGCUGGAAACUAUCGCUGCUCUUCCAGAUGGUCUUCAUAAAGCUAAGAUCAAUCUAAAUAAAGACAUGCUACCCUGUAUUGAUUGGGGAGGUGUCAGCGUUAGAUACUACCUUGACGUUUCAGUUCUUUUAGGAGCAGAUGAUCUUCGUGCCCGAAUCCCCAUUCGAAUUGUUUAG